AUGUUUAAAUGCGAACAAUGUUCAUCGGUUUUCACCACGAAACAUAAUUUGAAAACCCAUCAGAAAAAACAUGAAGGUCUGCGGUUCUCGUGUACCUUUUGUCCAUCGACAUUUUCUUAUAAAACCGGUCUCAACAAACAUAAAAAGAACUUUCAUGGUGUCGUUAACGUUCCGGUUAAUCGUCAGCCUGCUCAACCGAUUGCUACACCGAAUGUUAGACAGAGCGUUAUACACUACGCGCCACCUGCAGAGAGUAUCCAGAUUGCACCUCAAAUUUUCGUUCCCGAUAUAUCGGCUAGUGGUUCGAAUACAUCGACUGACAUUCGUAUAUCUGAUGACGAUAUUUGUAUGUUAGCUAUGGAUGAAUAUGAAAAUGAAGAAGAAGUUAAUGCAGAUUCUUAUACAACUACGGGGUCUAACGGGAAACGUGUUUCAUCUGCUAAUACCAACUCAGCCGUUAGAGCGAAAAAAGCACGUAUGGAUAUGGUACAGUCCUCUGGAUUCCUCGAGAUUUCAUCGUCUGCAAACCGAAAAAUCGUAUGGCAUUACGCCAAAAAUAUCAAUAAUGUUCAAAUUUAUUCAAAGUUCCUCCAAUCGCUUAAACCAGAACUAAUAAAAAUAUUAAAAAAUAGUAUUCAAAAACACGCCAUUAAAUUUAAUUUUAAACUCGAGGCAACCUAUAACCGACCUAACGUUUUAAACACUUCAGAAAACCGGGCGUUCAAAACAACAGCGAUUGAAAUGUUUCAUGAUAGUUAUAUAGCAGAGAUUAUAGAGAGAGCGUAUUUAAAAUUGUUAAACGAGAAAGAUGAGUACAGUGGGAGAGGAAGUGGAUUUACUUUAGAAUCAAUAGACGGUCUAUAAUUGGCGGUGUAUAAAUAUUCACCGAUGAGUGGAUCAUCAUACAUUAAGUUACCGGUAUGUAUUGAGUGGAAGCGAGGUACCAUAAAUCCGCAGAAUGCAGAUCAAAAAUGUUUCAUGUACGCGAUUCUCGCGAGACAUGUGACGGGGUCGACAGUAUGCCGUAUCGAGGGUAAUAAUUACAAACAGCAUGAAGAUAAAUAUAAUUUCAAAGAUAUCACCUUCCCGACACCUCUAUCUGAUAUAUCCAAAUUCGAGAGAAAUAACUUGAACGUGAGCGUAAAUGUUUAUGGGAUCGAAAAAAAGUUUCAACCACCGAAGAAAUAUCCGACGUAUGAAGUGUAUCCGUUACGUGUAGUCGAGGAAGAAAAAACCAAUCAUUUUGAUCUCUUAUUGAUAACAGAUGGUGAUAACUCUCAUUAUGUUUACAUAUCAAAUUUUUCCCGUCUCAUAAGAAGUCAAAAAACUAGACACAAUGGACGUGCAGUGUUUUGUAAGAGAUGUUUUACAAAUUUUGACAAUCAAAAUUUAAAAUUUAAAAUGUAUGGACAGACUGCGUUGGAUCAACAUAAAUUGGUUUGCGGGAUGCACAAACCGAUAUUACCGGAUAUGCCGAAAGAGGGGGAUUGCAUUGAAUUUAAGUUGAGGAAAAAUACAGUUAGACAUCCAUUUGUUAUAUAUGCAGAUUUUGAGUCGUUGUUAGUGAAGACUGGUGAGAGUAUGGGGAAAAAUACAACAAUUAUUCAUAAACACGAAGCGUUGAGUUAUGGAUUUUUGGUAAAAGUGAGUGACAACGUACCAGUGGAACUUUUAGAGGAGUACGAGAUACCAACAGGAUCGGUAUUAUACAGAGGAGAUGAUGAUCAUAAGGACGUAGCGAAACACUUUAUAGAAGCAAUAGUUGGAGUGAGUCGUAAAAUUGAGAAUUUGUUGAAGACAAACAUACCUUUAACUAUGACUAAAAACCAAGAAAAAACACAUCAAGCGUGUACCGAGUGUAAUCUAUGUAAAUGUAGUUUAGCCGGGGGUGAUAAAGUUAUGGACCACGAUCAUCUAACAGGAAAAUUCAGGCAAACUUUAUGCUCUAAGUGUAACUUAGAACUACAACAGCCUAAAUUUGUCCCCAUAUUUUUCCAUAACUUAUCUAACUACGACUCACACUUUAUAAUUACCGAACUUGGAUAUGAUACCGAGUCUAUAUCAGUUAUCCCGAACAGUGAGGAAAAAUUUAUAUCUUUUUCAAAAUAUAUUAGUAGUACCUUCACUGUACGGUUUAUAGACACAUUCAGAUUUAUGGCAUCGAGUCUAUCAUCUCUGGCUAAAAACUUGAUAACACCAGACCUUAAUAACUUUCGUGAGACAUCUAAACAUUUUGUCAUCGAAGAUAUGCCACUCGUAACGCAGAAGGGGGUAUACCCGUAUGAGUAUACUGAUAGUUGGGACAAGUUGAACGAUAAAGUAUUACCACGAAAGAGAGAUUUUUAUAGUACAUUGACCGAGUCGGGAAUUAAGGAGUCAGAAUUUGAACAUGCGAAGGAGGUCUGGGACCACUUUAGAUGUAACACGUUGGGUGAGUAUUCAUAUUUAUACCUGAAAAUCGAUGUGUUGCUGUUGGCGGAUAUUUUUGAAAACUUCCGUGAUCUAUGUAUGUCAACAUACAAUUUGGAUGCAGCACACUAUUUCACCGCACCCGGGUUAAGUUUUGAUGCUAUGUUAAAGUUUACGAAGCAAAAGUUGGCGUUGCUGUCUGAUUACAACAUGUUAUUGAUGUAUUCGUGGAGGAUUGGUGCAGGCGUGUAUGCGGUACGCGAAGGCGAACAAUAUGAAGACACCGGGUUAUGA